AUGGUGCCAUGUGGCAUCUCCACCAUGCCGGGGCAUAGGCCCCGACCGGAUUUCUGCGGAUGGAAAAGAGGCGAGGAAAAAAACUCUACGGCACGUGCCUUGCGUUUCAACUUUGCAGUGGGCCCUCAAAAAACGGCCAUCGUGUGCUUCGGCCCAGGCCGCGCCCGAUCGCAUGCUUUUUUGUUCAGAGCCCUUUUACUACGGCAGGUGGCGCAGCGGCAGGCGGCUCGGCCCCUCGGCCUCUGCGAGGUCGAGAACGCGGUCGAGCGGCGGACCCGCAACGCUGGUGGCCUGCGGCGGUUGGGGCCAUGGCUGCCCGAGGGCAGUGCUGGCAACUGCCUGCUGCGCUGCGACAGACAGCAUGCCCCACCAGCGACGCGUCCAGCUGCAAGACGCGGUGGCGCGCAGGGCUGGCGGCGCUUUGUAGGACCGCAGUCGGACCAGGCGGUCUACUCCGUGGGAGGGGGGGAGUGGCAUGCGCAGGCGGCGGCGGCGGCGCGCGAGACGCUGCACGAGGCCCCGAUUGGGACCGCACCAGAAACCCGGGCAUCCGGCGGCAUAGCCGGCAGCAUCACACUGUCGCGCAAAUGGGCCACGCUCCGAGCACUCACCGACCCUUCCAGACGGCCGCCGCAGCCGCUGCGACCGGUCCCGCAGCACGUGAUGAACCAUCACCCUGCAGAGGAGGUCGCGCUCUCCAAGCAACAAGUCGCCGACGCGCUUCGCACCUCCAAGCGCGGGUCAGCUGCUGGCCUGUCGGGCGCCACUGUCGAGUUCUACAAGUUGCUCCUCGACGAUGAGGGUGCCUUAGAAGCCUUCACAUUCGUGGUGAAUGUCGCAGCUCGCGCGCAGGCUCCACCGGUUGCGUUGGACGCCCUGGCCUUAUCGGGCCUCACCGCCCUUCGCAAGCCACAGGGAGGGGUCAGAGGCAUUGCGGGCCCACGAUGUCCGCAACGGCUCGUGGUGCUCGCGGCGGAGGUGGGCGGCAGGUGGGGCGAGGAGUGCCAGCGCUUCGUUCGCCAGCUCCUGCGUCUCCGCGUUCAGAGGGCCCCUGCAACCCUGCGUGCCACGGCGGCCCAGGGGUGGGCAAGGCGAUGGUGGGGCCUGCUCUCGGUCGCCGUGCAGAGGGCAGUUGCCAGCACGGCCCUGGGUGUCUGGACGAUGCCGGCGCUGCCGAGCUCGCCGGACGGGGUCCCCCUCGCUGAUGUCCUUGAGCUCGCCGAUUUCGCGGGGCCCAGCCGCCUGCCGAGCCGGGCGGGCUCCUUGGAGGAUCUCUCGCCAAAGCUCACAGGCCUCGGCAGCGGCGCGCAUUGUCACUGCCAUGCCCCAGUGCAUCCCGACAGCGCUCGGCAAACUCAGGCAGCCGGGCGUGGAUCACCGGCACAGCAUCUGCCGUGCCCGCCCAAUGCUGCGGGGCUCGUGCGCUCCGCCGAUUGCAGUCCCACUGGCAACAUCGCCAAAUCUCGCGCAGGAUCGUGGUUGGCACGGACGGGGGGCGCCGCCCCGGAGGUCGACGUUGAUGGGGCCGCAGCCCCGACCCCUGCUGGCGACGUUACGCCUGGCUUCUUGCCGGCGGCCCCACCAAAGCAGCAUGAUGACGUUCAGGCAACUGUCGGCAUGCCUUCCAGCCCCGCGUGGCAGGCUGCGGGACCGCCUCGCCGAGCGCCACCGGGGGAGCGGCAGUCCUGGCUGUACGUACCGAGGCAUGAGCAGGCGGGCCCUCGCUGGACUGAGCUGGUGGCGACACUCCAGCACGCUCAGCCAGCCAGUCCGCGCGCGUUGGCGCGGUUGCUCCACGCCAUAGCCGACCUUGACGCGGCGGAAGCAGGUGCGCAGGUGUCCAGCCGCGACGCGUCGCUCGCCUCGGCCCUCCUUUCCUUGCCGGACGCGCCCCUCCCUCUGGCCGCCGCACUGGUCCUUUGCGCGGAUGCUGACGGGUACGUGCCGGCAGCCGCGCAGGCGACGCUGUUGGAAGGGUACGGAGGGGUCGUGGCCGCGGCGGGUGCCCAGGCCCUGGCCGCGGACAUGCGGGCGGUGUGGGAAACAGAACGGCCGCCCGAGUGUCCGCCGCUGCCAGGACCACAGCGUAGAAGCAGGGGACGGAGGCGGGCCAGACAACACCAGCGCCGGCGUUCUCCGGAAGGGGUCGCAAAGUUGCCCCAGCCCGAAACGUGUGCUCGGAGCGUAGACGGCGGAGCCGGCGCCCCCACCAGCGCCGCACGGCCUGCCGCGGGAGUCCCCGUUGCAGCGUGGGAGCAGCUGGACGCCGUCGACUUGCAAGAGGAGUUGCGCCACCCAGUCCCGACGCUGCAGGACGUGCCCCCGUUUAUGCGCUCGUCGGUUCGCGGGGCUUUGGUCCUCGCUUUGAACCAUUUGCGAUCCGCUGGGGAUGAAGAUGGGGCGACCCUCCGAGCAUGGAAACUUUUUCUCCUGGCGCCACGCAUGCUCCUGGCCCGACCAGCCAUCAAGCGCGGCCCGGGCGGCCGCGAAGAGCUCCUCAGUCGCGCAGCGGCAUUCCAGCAGGGCGAGUGGAUCCGCUUGCUGCGCGAGGCGCGCCAGCUGCCCGGAGCAGAGGACGCGGCUCCGGAGCCCAACGCGAGGCAAGUCCUCACAGCUCCAGCUUUGGCCCCGGGAACAGAACAAACGUAUGCGGCCCUCACGGACCCAGCGCGCAGGCCUGCCGUCCCACGCCAGCCCAUCCCGCCGGACACCCUCGCACACGAGCCAGCCGAGCCCGUGACCCUGAUGUCAGAGCCUCAGUCGCAGCAUCAACGCUCCUUCAGGAAUUCCACUGGCUCAAUGGGGAAAAAAGAGCAGAACCUGAGAAAGAAGAACACUCCCAGUGGCCGGGAGCGCAAAGACUUGCGAUUGCAGUGCAACGACUUGAAGCAGAAGCUUAAAGACCUGCAGGAGAAGUUUGACAAGCUGCAGCAGGAGCAUAACCUCGGUCUCGAGGCCAAUCUAGCUCUGGUGCAGGAGAGAGACCUUCUCUUGAAAGAGAACAAGGAGAAGGUUGACAACCUGCAGCAGCAGAAGGAUGACCUCGAGCAGCAGCAUGACCUUCUCUUGAAAGAGAGCAAGGUCAACCUAGCUUUCCUGCAGGAGAGAGACCUUCUCUUGAAAGAGAACGAGGAGCUAAAGUCGUUCCAGCAAGCGCUGCUGAAAGCUCACAAGGAACGUAUCCUUGAACUCCGGAGCCAGAAGAAAGACGAAGUCGCAAAGCUAGAGGUUGACCUCCGGAUCCAGAAGGCAGACGAAAUCACAAAGGCAAAAGAAGCUAUCUUCGCGAUGAGACUGGAAGAGUUACAAGCUGCCGCCUUGCAAGCUGCCGCCUCGUCUGCUGCAGAGUCGCAAUCGCCCACCACGGUUGUAACACCCGACAAGGAGCCCGAGGAUUCAGAUUGA